GCUGGGCGGGGCUCCCUUGUGACACGUGAUGCGGAAACAUGACCACGGCCCCUGCUGCCCUUAGUGAAGAUGGCGGCGCUCAGUAUCUGGAGCUGGGUGUUGGUGUGUUCUGCGCUGUGUGUGCUGGGUGUCAGCGCUCAGCAUGCGGAGAAUAAAGCGGAACACUUCUUCAGGAGCGGACAUACGAAUAACUGGGCAGUGUUAGUUUGUACGUCUCGAUUUUGGUUCAAUUAUCGUCAUGUGGCAAAUACUUUAUCCGUUUACAGGAGCGUUAAGAGGCUCGGAAUUCCUGACAGCCACAUCAUCCUCAUGCUCGCCGAUGACAUGGCGUGUAACCCCAGGAACCCCAAGCCGGCCACGGUGUUCAGCCACAAAAACAUGGAGCUCAAUGUCUACGGAGAUAACGUUGAAGUUGACUACCGAGGCUAUGAGGUGACGGUAGAAAACUUUCUGCGAGUUUUGACUGGCAGGUUGCCGCCGAGCACCCCACGGCUCAAACGUCUCCUAUCCGACGACAGAAGCAAUAUACUCAUCUACAUGACUGGACAUGGUGGAAACGGCUUCCUGAAGUUUCAGGAUUCAGAGGAAAUUACCAACGUGGAACUUGCAGACGCCUUUGAGCAGAUGUGGCAGAAACGACGGUACAAUGAAUUGCUGUUUAUAAUUGAUACAUGCCAAGGUGCCUCUAUGUAUGAAAGGUUCUACUCCCCUAACAUAAUGGCUCUUGCAAGCAGCCAAGUUGGAGAAGACUCUCUGUCUCACCAACCAGAUAUGGCAAUUGGGGUUCAUCUUAUGGACCGAUACACUUUCUAUGUCCUGGAAUUUUUGGAGGAAAUCCAUCCUGCCAGCCAGAACAAUAUGAAUGAUCUGUUUCAGGUCUGUCCUAAGAGCCUCUGUGUAUCAACCCCCGGACAUCGCACCGACCUGUUCCAGAGAGAUCCACAGACCGUUCUCAUCACCGAUUUCUUUGGCAGUGUGAGAAAAGUGGAACUCACAGAGAAAAGUGUAGCGCUGAAGACGCCUGCGGCGGCUGCCGAGAGAAGGCGUUCCUUCGGAGAUUCGGUGUUGGACCUAGUGACGUAUGCUAACCAGCUGCCCGUGUCGGAGAUCAUACAUCAGAAACCUAAACCACAAGAGUGGCACCCACCGGGAGGAUUUAUUCUAGGACUCUGGGCAUUAAUUCUUCUUAUCUUCUUCAAAACAUACGGCAUUAAACACAUGAAGCAUGUUUUCUGAGUAUUGCAAUGCACAGUACUACUACUACUUCUGAGGAAUGGCCUGCACAGACACCCCAUCCAGUCCGGACUCCAGUCCCUUCCAUAAAAUCGGGUAUGAGUUGUGUGGAACCCAGCAGGACGGCACAUAAAAGACAUUUUACCUCAGUUUGUGUCCUUAUUACGUCUGCAUGGCGGAGGCAGACAUUUUGUGGCCUGAAACCAUGUUCAGCCACUCAGUUGACUAGGAACUAGUGACCUCAUGCCUCAGUGAUGGCAAUAGUUCCUGGUAAACCGAUCAUAUACAUUGUAGUUGGGAGAACAAAAUGGCUGCCGUCACUGUGUGGAGGUGACCGGUACAUAAGACCUCGAUCACUGUUUUAGUAGCCCGUAUAUUUAAAAACAAAUUUAUUUAUUUUUUAAAUUCUCUCCCCUCUCUAUUUCUAACUAGUUUAAUGAUUGGGUUCUAGAGGGAGCCCAGCUGAAAGUUGUGUUCUACUUUUCUGUACAUCUCCAGCCUGGCGGCGUGCUAUACUGAACGCUUUCUCAGCAGAAACAAAAAUAGAGAUAUUGAUUUAUCAUGCUAAGUACAGCAUUUCAGAUCAAUCCUGAACCUGAGGUAAUUAUGUAUCUAGGAACUGGUGAGCAAUUAGAAUUUAAAGCAAGACUUAGCCGCCCGUGAAAAACCUCAUUUGAUUUAUUUGCUGCUCAUCAAACCGGAAUGUCCGUCGCGUUCUGCCUUAUCAAGCAGUUUUAUUGCCCCGGUUUGCUUGUAUGUUACUCGGUUAUGUCUGGAAAUAUGAGGUUUUCCAGUGCAAACGGUGCACUUUGUAAUGACACCAGGUGAACGCAAAUGCUUAAUAAGCAGACAGCACAAGGACAGAACCCAGGGGCAGGGAAAUGUCGAUGUAGGCAUCCAGGAGCCAUGCCAGGUUCUCUCCUAAGCUGGUACUUGGCGCUGGCUGUAGUAUACACAGUGACUGUGGCCUGCCAGGUGUUAUUGCUAUGUUGGGGCUUCUUACUGAUUGUAUGGUGGGUGUUGUGGUUUGUUUUUUGUUCUUUUAAAUAAAUUAUAAUUCCAUUUA